UGGUUUAUUGUGACUAUGCGGCCUCGGGUAGGGCGCUGCAAUUCAUUGAGGAUUAUAUAAUGAGGGAGGUUCUGCCCGUAUAUGGCAACACUCAUACCACAACUAGUAUCACUUCAAUGCAGUCAACGCUUCUUAGACAUGAGGCAAAGGACAUAAUCAGGAACGCAGUGAAUGCGUCUGAGGAUGACGUGGUGAUAUUCGCAGGUCACGGCUGCACGGCGGCUGUACACAAGUUGAUUCACUCGCUGGCACUCGCCGAGCCUCCCAUUGUGUUCGUCGGCCCAUGCGAGCAUCACAGCAACCUCCUGCCUUGGCGAGAGAUUCAGGCUAAGGUUGUGCGAAUAUCAGAAACGAAGGAAGGCUUCCUAGAUUUGGUUGACCUUGAGAAUCAGCUGCAGCUGCACCGUCAGCUGGAGGGCGCAGAUCGUCAGCUGAUCGGCUGUUUUUCAGCUGCCUCCAACAUAACUGGUAUUCUGGCAGACGAUGUGGCCACCACGCUCCUACUGCACCAGUACAAUGCACUCGCCUUCUGGGACUAUGCAACUGCUGCACCCUAUGUGCAACUGGACAUGAACCCAAUUCUGCCAGGUAUGGACGAGAAGUCGGUACACAAAGACGCCAUUUUCUUUUCGGGGCACAAGUUUGUGGGAGGUGUUCAGACCCCCGGGGUGUUGGUUGCCAAAAAGGAACUCUUCAAAAACCCUGUACCCAACGGUUGUGGCGGUGGUACUGUGUUUUUUGUCAGGCACAACUCGCACUGCUACCUGAAGGACACAGAGAUGCGUGAGGAGGGGGGAACGGCUGGCAUAGUGGAGUCCAUCAGACUGGGAAUUGCCAUGCAGUUGAAGCAGACAUUGGGAGUGCCGGCCAUUCUCACCCGGGAGGAGAAGAUCACCAAAAUGGUGUUGUCGCAUCUACGCAACAUCCCCGAGGUGCUAGUGCUCGGGAACAGUUCGCUGCACACGGCGCGCCGACUGGCCGUGUUUGCACUGAUGGUGCGUCACCCGCGCGGCACUUUCCUGCACCACAACUUUGUGUGCGCCGUGUUGAACGAUGUGUUCGGGGUGCAGGCGCGCGGCGGGUGCGCAUGCGCCGGGCCCUAUGCGCAGGACCUCAUGGGCAUCGACCAGCAGCUGGCCGCUCAGUUCGAGCAGGUGCUCAUGGAAGAUGACCGUCUAGACCGCCGUCAGCUGCGUCGCCGCGAGGAGCACUCAGCGUUUGAGAUGCUGCGACCUGGCUUCACUCGCAUCUCACUGCCCUACUUUAUGAGUGACGCCGAAGUCAGCUAUGUGCUCGAGGCUAUCAAGAUGGUCGCCACCGAGGCAUGGAAGCUGCUGCCUCAGUAUAUACUCAAUCCCGAGACUGGAGAAUGGCGGCAUCAUACCAAUUCGGUGUUCAAAGACCGCAAAUGGCUGGGUUCUAUCAGGUACGUUGAUGGCAAGAUGAGUGUUCACGAGAGACGCAUAUCAGGAGUGGCCGCCUGCCCCAUCGACCACAACGACUGUCUGCACACUGCCAGGAAUAUUUUCAACAAAGCUCGCAAGAUGGCGCAACGCUACCCACUAGCCGACCAGUGUGUGAUGUUUGACGAGCGCACAUCGGCACUGCGCUGGUUCAUGCUGCCCAGUGAGGCCCAGGACCUGUUGCUUGGCAACGUGGCCAAUGUGAAGCAGGAAGUGCCAUUCACGCCGCCCGAGUACCACGGCUCCCGAGGGGGCUCCUCACCGCCCACAACUCCUACGCACUUUGCACGCCACAACAGUCUCUCCGCGCUGGAUAUCAGAGCUAGGCGGACUAGGGACAGACUGGACAGCCAGAGCCCAGUAACCCUCCACCCAUCAGGCAGCAGUCCCCAGAUCCAGUUCAACAGCAACGGACUCAUGAUGCGCAAACGCUGCUACUCGCUAGACUCCAACAACAAGCUCACUCCUACGCCGCGCUUCACCAAGCAUAGCGCCAACACUACUACUACUGCAUCGUCGCUUUGUAGCGCGGCUACUGCUUCGAGUAGCGCCACUAGCUCGCCGCUAGCGCUGUUGCCGUUCAGCGGCCGUCAGCGACAAAUCAGCUGCGGCAGUCAGACAGAUCUGUCGCAGAGCGGAAAUGAGGGCGACACUGAGUCCAGGGGUACUACACCCCCUACUAGUAUGUCGGCUGAGAAUGCUGAGCAGAUACAGGUAGGUGGUUCGGAUGUCACCUAGAAUAGUUACAGUACACCUGUAGUGA